AUGUCUGAAUCUUCAUCCAGCUCUGCCUCGCAAGAAGAGCCCGUUACUGUUAAUACGGAGCAUAAAGACCCAGAAUUACCACCAAAAUCAGAAGCUCCUGCACCACCCAAUGACGGAAACAAGUUUAAAAAGCGAAAACAAUAUUUAACAUUCUUAAAGAAACUAUUUCUCCCACUCAUUGGUGUUGGUCUUCUUUGCGGAAUCUUGUGUGGACUCAUUACUGGUUUAUAUCAAUAUUUAGCAACUUUAUUAACAGACCAAAACAUCAAAAUCUUUGAAAAAAUCAAAAAGAAUAAGAAAUUUUUACCAUUAGCAUUCGUAGUCAAUAUAAUUAUCGGAAUUGGUCUUGGAUAUGGUCUUAAAUACUUUAGUGAAGUCAGAGGAAGUGGCAUUCCUUAUAUCGAGAGUGUUGCUCGCGGUAAUUUAAGUCUUACAUGGUACUAUUCACUUCCAGCCAUGUUUGUCAUUAGCUUAGUCGGUAUAUUUACAGGUCUUUCCAUUGGAUCUGAAGGCCCAUCAGUUUAUCUUGGUGGAUGCAUUGGUUAUGCACUCGGUAAGCUUAUCAAAAUGAACCAACUGCAUGAUAUGCUCCUUGUCGCAGCAGGAUCUUCAGCUGGUUUAGCUGUAGCCUUCGAUGCUCCUCUUUCUGGACUUAUUUUCGCUUUAGAAGAAGUUUAUAGGAAAUUCUCUACACAAGUUAUCGUGGUCUCUAUCAUUUGUGUUUCGAUUUCUCAGAUUAUCAGCCACUUAUUAUUCAAACCACGUGCAUUGAAGAUACAAUUCCUAGAAGUUGAAGAAUUCAACAUCCAAACAUUCGGUGUAUCAAUAUUCUGUGGUAUUACUGGCGGCGUUAUGGGUGCAAUUUUCAAUUUAUUAAUUCGAAGGGCGCGAAAUCUUUACAAACACGCUAAAUUCCUUCCGAUUCAAUUCUAUGUCAUAUUACCUGAGAUUGUUGAUACCGUAUUAUGCUGCUUCUUCCCAGAUGGCGCAUAUGGUGGCGGAGAUACACUUAAAAAGGUUCUUGACAACCAAAUGAAGACAUGGGAGAUUGCUGUUUGCUUCUUUGUUCGCUUUGCUUCUAUUUUAUUCUGCUUUGGUUCAAAGAUAUCCGGCGGUAUCUUCAUCCCUAUGCUUUCUGUUGGAGGUUUAUGGGGUGGAUUGAUUGCCAAGCUCAUGAUCAAAGCAGGAUAUGAUAGUACGAGAUUCUCUUACAUGGCAAUUAUGACUAUGUCUUCUUUCUUCACCGGAGUUGUUCGUGCUCCACUCACAGCUGUCAUUCUACCUGUUGAAUUCACUCUUCAGUACACUGGCUGGCUUGGCCCGUCAACAGCUGUUGCUUUCGCUUAUAUUGCUGUAGAAUUGAUGAGAAUUGAACCUUUGUACGAGAAAUUGAUGGAAGCAUUAGUAGAAAAACGUGAUGAAGAUGAUUCCAUCAAUUUCGAAGAGUUCUCAUUCUUGGUCACCCUUGAAUCAAUGGUUUGUGGUCUAACAGUGAGAGAAGUCAUUCUUCCUAAAGGAGCAAUGAUUACUCACAUCAUAAGAGAUAAAACUCCUUUGUUCCCGACAGAGGACACACAGAUUAUUGAUGGUGAUGAAGUUUAUAUGACAUGUGAGUCUGGACAAUUAGAUGAAGUUCAGAAUGAAAUGUCAAAGGUAUUUUAG